AUGGUUCCCGAAGUUGCACUGCUCUCCCCUCUCUUCGCCGUCCUCGCCUAUGCUGCCGCUCCCCCUGCCGUUAUUCCCACUCUUGCCAAAUUUGACGGUUUGGCACUUGGCCGCAUGGUUGAACAUGUCCAAAAGGCAAAAGAUGAGAUAGCGCUCGUCAAGAACUUUAUCGACAGCCAGCCAGACCCGUACAUCGACCUUCCCUCAAAAAUGUUUCCUUCCUGGGGAUGCCUCAGCGACCGCGUUCAAUUCAACGUUGACGAAGUCACCAUCGCCAUCAGUGCCCACGAGGACGCCUCAGACAACGGGCCCGUGACGAUGGACAUUGCGGAAUCCGUCGCCACCGUCGACACCUCAACGGCUGGCUGGAGCAUGGAAGACUCUACCACUUUUGGAAUCGACAGCUCAGUCAACAUUGGUUUCGCGGGCAUCGGCGUGUCCGGGGGUGUGCAUCACAGCAACACCAACUCCAACGGGCACAGCGGCGAGAACAGCAACCAAAAGGAGUACCGAAAGGAGGUGGGCAGGACUCGCGAAUGCCCCAAGAACACCCACUGCUCGGUUCAGACCUGGACGUACAUGGCGACGCUCAAGGGAAACUGCCCCCUUAUCCCCAUGGUUGACCCUGUCUGCUGGAAGCCUCGCGUUGGAAAGGAAUGGUUCCCGGCCACGUUCCCUGCGUACGACGUCUUGCGGGACAACAAGCUUCUCCGGGGGAACCUUUCUCUCCCCGCCGUCCGUGGGCAAGACACCACAUGGGACACCAUCGGUGACAUGUACUUUACCAUGACGAACAAGGACGGCUCGCCUACCGGUGCAGUUCUGCCCAAGGAGUUUGCUGAGAAUGUGUGGUGGGCAGACGAGGCCAAGUAUAGCAUCAACUACAAGUUUACCACGCCGUGCACAAUCAGCGCUCCUAUCACGGAUAGUCAGGGGAACCCCAGAAGAACCCAGGUUAAUCUCAAGGUUGAGCAUGGCAAGUUUGUGCGGGAUGAGGUCCAGGAGCCUACGGGUUACAACUUUACCGUCAUUGAUGUCCUUGAGAGCGCCUUUGAUUAA